AUGUCAGAGCACCAAGAAGAUAUUCGUGAUCGGACUACCACCACGGUCGUUCACGAUAAGGACGAGGAGAAUUAUGCCUCGGCCAUGGAGACCCUAAAAAGCGCCCAGAGAGCUACUGAAGAUGAACACGCCAUGGGACUACGCGAGGGUAUUCGGAAAUACCCCAAAGCAGUUUUCUGGUCAAUCUUGUUCUCCUCAGCGUUGAUCAUGGAAGGCUUCGACCACGCAUUUGUCAGUGGCUUCUUUGCCUUCCCUGCCUUCCAAGAGCGAUAUGGCACCCUGCAGAGCGAUGGAUCUUACCAGGUCCCCGCAAACUUGUAUAAUGGUGUCAAUGCUGGGGAAAUUGUUGGUCUGUUGAUAAACGGCUUGCUUGCAGAUUGGAUUGGUUACCGAUGGGUCAUGAUCGGCUGUCUCAUCCUCAUGACAGCUUUCAUAUUUCUGCAGUUCUUUGCAACGAGCAUUUACAUGUACCUCGGAGCCGAAAUUCUACUGGGAGUUCCAUGGGGUGUUUUUCAAACACUCACAACAACAUACGCUGCUGAGGUCUGCCCCAAUGUCCUGCGACCUUAUCUCACGAUGUUGGUGUCUCUUUGUUGGAGCAUAGGCUACCUUCUUGGCACCGGUGUUCUCCGCGCAUUCCUUUCUUCACACGGCCAAUGGGCUUACCGGAUUCCCUUUGCAUUGCAGUGGAUAUUGCCAAUUCCUCUGGCCAUCGGAAUCUUCCUGGCACCAGAGUCACCUUGGUGGCUCAUUCGAAAGGGUCGUGUCCAAGAGGCGGGGAAGGUACUACAUAAAUUACGAUCGAAGGAUAGCUCAGAAGACGAAAUUGCGGACACUCUGGCAAUGAUGGAGCAAACAGUCAAAAUUGAGAACGAAAUGAAGACUACAAGCAGCUACUGGGAUCUAUUCAAAGGCGUCAAUCUACGUCGCACUGAGGUCACGGUUGGGACUUAUCUCAUACAAGAGCUCUGCGCGCCACUCGUCGCUUAUAUCGUUUAUUUUCUGGAGCAAGCAGGUCUUCCUGCCACCUCUUCAUUUGACUUCGGCAUGGGUGAAUAUGCUCUAGCCAUAGUAGGCGUGUUUAUUGCUUGGUAUCUAGUCCCAAAGGUGGGCCGACGUACCUUAGUCCUGACCGGAACUGCUUUCAUGGCCGCCACAACCUUCGUGAUCGGCUUUAUGGGAAUCCCCAGCAUCAGCACCCAUCCCAACAUAGGCUACGGGAUUGGCAGCAUUUUAUUGAUUGAGUACUUUGUCUUUUUCAUUACUAUCGGCCCGAUCAUCUACACGAUUGUGACUGAGAUUCCUUCCAACUAUCUCCGCAACAAGAGCGUUGUUCUUGCCCGUGCUGUGUACAAUGUCGCAGUCUUGGUCUAUGGACAGCUUGUACCCCACAUGAUGCAAAAGGCAUCUUGGAACUGGGGAGCCAAAUCCGGCUUCUUCUACGGGUCUAUCAUGGGACUUGGCUUGAUAUGGGCGUAUUUCCGACUCCCGGAGACGAAGAACCGAACAUUUGCGGAAAUGGACAUUCUGUUCAAGAAUCAAGUAAAGGCACGAGAUUUCGAAAAGACGAAAGUAGAUAUUGCUACUGAGACAGUAUCUCAAGAUUGA